AUGAGAAACCAUAGUGCAGUCUCUGAGUUCAUCCUCCUGGGGCUGUCUGCUGACCCCCAAAUCCAGGCUCUGCUGUUUGGGCUGUUCCUUGUUAUUUACCUCCUGACCCUAAUGGGGAACCUGACGAUGCUGCUGGUAAUCAAGAUUGAUUCCCACCUCCACAUCCCCAUGUACUUUUUCCUGGGACAGUUGUCCUUCCUAGAUCUCUGCCACUCCUCUGUCACUGUGCCCAAGCUGCUGGAGAGCCUCCUGUCUGAGAAGAAAACCAUCUCAGUAGAGGGCUGUUUGGCUCAGGUCUUCUUCGUGUUUGCCACUGGGGGCACUGAAUCCUGCCUUCUCGCUGUCAUGGCCUAUGACCGCUAUGUAGCCAUCAGCUCUCCUCUGCUCUAUGGCCAAGUGAUGAACAGACAGCUGUGUAUGGGGCUGGUGUGGGGCUCCUGGGGCCUGGCUUUUCUGGAUGCUUUCAUCAAUAUCCUUGUAGCUCUCAAUUUAGACUUCUGUGAAGCUCAAAAUAUCCACCACUUCAGCUGUGAGCUUCCUUCUCUUUACCCUUUGUCUUGCUCUGAUGUGUCUGCAAGUUUUACUGCCCUGCUCUGCUCCAGCCUCCUGCAUUUCCUUGGGAAUUUCCUCCUGAUAUUUUUCUCCUACGUUCGCAUUUUGUUCACCAUCCUGAGCAUCAGCUCCACCAAGGGCAGAAGCAAGGCCUUCUCCACCUGUUCCUCCCACCUCACUGCAGUGAGCUUCUUCUAUGGCUCAGGAUUACUCCGCUAUCUCAUGCCAAAUUCAGGAUCCACUCAAGAGUUAAUCUUCUCCUUGCAGUACAGUGUGAUCACUCCCAUGAUGAAUCCCCUCAUCUACAGCCUGAAGAACAAGGAGGUGAAGGCAGCUGUGAGAAGAAUGUUGAGAAAUUGUCUCUAA